UAACACAAUAAUAGGCAAUGUCAUACGAUGACAUUCUAAAUAGUAUUGGGGGUUGGGGUAAAUAUCAAAAAUGGAUAUGCUUACUCCUAACUCUGAGUACGAUUCCAAAUGGAUAUUUUACAAUGAUUUUAGUUUUCACGAGCAAAACACCGGAACAUCGAUGUCGAAUACCGGAAAUAGAUGGUUUGCAUGGCGAAAACACGACUUUAACUCCGUUUAAUGUCUCUGGAUUAUCAGAAUAUAUACCAUGGGAUUCCAAAAACAAUAGAUUCGACCGAUGUUUAAGAUACAAUCUCACCGCGAAAUACGGUUUCAACGAAACUCAAAACACCACUGGUUGUGACUUCGGAUAUGUUUAUGAUGUCGUGGAAGGACAACUAACUGCAGUUACGGAGUGGGACCUAGUUUGCAACUAUUCAUACGUGAAACCAAGAAUUUCAUCUGUAUUCAUGGCAGGAGUUUUGUUCGGUUCUUUGAUAUGUGGAGUUGUUGCAGAUGGAUUUGGACGAUGGCCUUUAAUGAUUGCAUCAACCUAUUUGCAGUUUAUAUUCAUGGGUCUCAAUAUAUUCAAUACGUCACCAGCCAUGUACGCUGCAUUCAUGUUUUUUGCUGGAGGGUGUUCUCUCAACAACUUUGUGGCUGCGAUUGUUAUAGGCGCAGAAAUAUGUGAUAAGAAACAUAGAGCCUUCAUGGAAACAUCGGCAAUGAUCGGAUUUUGUGUUGGGUAUAUGGUAAUUCCACUGUUCGCAUAUUUUAUCUUGGAAUGGAAAACUUUAUUUCUGGUGACAGCUGCGAUUGGGGUUGUUUACAUUCCCUAUUGGUGGUUGAUACCAGAAUCUCCACGCUGGUUAAUAACAAAAAAUAAGUUUAUAAAAGCUAAAUUGCUGUUGAAGAAAAUUGCUAAAUUCAAUGGAGUGAAUGAAGAUAUUGACACCUUCUUUACAGAUGAGAAUCUUUUCUUGAUGUCGAAUGAUUCUGAAAAAGAAGAGAAAUCCAUUUCUGAUUCACAAGGCAACGAGAAAUGUUGGACUAAAAUUCCUUAUAUCCAGUUAUUCACACAUCCUGGGAUGAUAAGUAGGACUUUAUACAGCUGCUGUUCCUGGUUUGUCAUUGCGCUAACUUACUACACAUUGAGUCUCAACACUGGAAACAUGGGAGGCAACGAUUACAUAAACUGUUUUGUAUCAGCUUGCGUCGAAAUCCCUGCGUAUUUGUCAGUUUAUUUCCUUCUUCGGCGCAAGGGACGACGAACACUGAUGAUUUCAUACUUGCUAGCUGGAUCAGCUGGGUGCAUUAUUACACCACUGAUCAUGAGAGUCAGUGAUAUUGGUGGAAUCGUUACAGCCAUGAUUGGAAAGUUUUUUGUGACUUCUGCUUUUGGUUUGGUAUAUCUGUACACUGCUGAAAUGUUUCCUACAGUUUCCAGAAAUCAAGCGCUGGGUAUAACCUCGAUGUUCGCAAGAUUCGGAAGUGUGAUUGCCCCCUAUAUUAUUUACCUUGGUGACACAAACGGGCGAGAACUUCCCUAUACUAUUAUUGGGUCGUUUUCCCUCGCUUCUGCCCUGUUGAACUGCCUUCUUCCGGAGACUGCGGGAACGCAUUUACCCGAUACUUACGAAGAAGCACUGGAAAUGAAGAGUGGGCGUUGCAUGAACUUAAGAAAACGCGUCCGAAGACAUUCGGAUAAAGAUCUGAAAGAAAAUGAUGAUACUUCAUCCGUAUUUGCAGCUUGAUGUUCUUUCAGUGAAUGGCAUUCUUGUUUUUGUACAACACUGGACCAGGGCUGGAUGCAUCUUCUUUUUUAAAUGACCACUAGAAUAUAUUUUAGAAACAAUCAUUAUUUCCGACAAUUUGAAAUUUAUUUUGAAACUCUGUGUCAAUGUAGACGCCGAUCGUUUUUUUUUAAACCCAUUGGGCUAACCUAAUACAUCAGCAAACCACUCUUAUUUAAUAACUAUAGGCUUUAAUCGACUCAUUUCAAGCUAAACACAGAGUCUAAAACUGAGCAUCGAAUAAGGUCCGAACAAUCAAAUAACAGGCGUAAACAGAUAAGACUUAGUGAACUAUGGUGAAAGAACAAUAUCAAUUGACAGUAGUAUUCUGUUUCGGGUAAUAAUCACAGCCAUUAAAGGAAAAAUAACAAAAGGACCAGUUAUACAAAUUUAAGCAUGAAUGUUGAUAAAUAUUAUCACAACUCAUUCGAAAAAAAAAAAACUGUUCCUUUUAAUGAAGUCUUGGUUGCGCGUAUAUUGCCAACCUUACACAGCUUUAGAUUAGACAAUAGUGAACGUCCUUCUGCGAUAUCAUAACGCGCGAUAUGACGGGCAGCGCGUUUCGGUCUGUGGAUUAGUCACGGCACGAGGACACCACAUGCAUCGAAUUUCGCUCCUCGACCACGCCGCAGUCAUUUUUAGUCCUUAUUCCUGCGCUGCAACUAACCGCUAAUCCGCCUCCGCUUCCUUGUGUAUGCAUCAUACUUUAUUUAACGGUCGCAGUCUUAAAUAUUUGAAUAUCUUGUAUCUUAAACAACUUCGUGUUAUUGUAUAUAUAUAUAUGCCCUUUCCUUCACAUCUUUGGCAAUGGACAAUUUCAGUAAAUUACAUAUUGACAAAAUGUGUUAUGACGUUGCCUUUUGGGAACAAAAACCCUGAAGAAAUGAUAACAAAAUUGAAUAAAAAUCAGGCAGAAUAUUUCAUUUCAAUCGUCAGUAUCAUAAUAUAAAUAACGUUAUUGUUAUUGCAUCAUGUAUUCUGUAUUUUAAAUAAAAAGUGACGGGAGCCUACAUCUCAGCACUUCAAAGUAUAUUUAUAAAGAAGUACAUGGAACUAAAAAUACGAUUCAUCUAACAAUCACCAGUUGAUUUCAUUUAACAUUGCCAGAUCUAAUAUUGAUAUUGAGCAGGCAGAGCCGAAUUAUAUCAAUUCUAAUGUCAGCAAACGUUAUUAGACAAUAUAUUAGACUCUAUCAAUAUUUGUCAAACAGAAUGCGUAUCCAAAUAUUUCAGGUAUCAACUUUGCAAUAUAUAUAUGAAGUUUUAUCCGAAAGUAUAAAAUUUAUAUAUUUAGUAUAUUGAAAUUUAUAAUUUUAUUUUUUCCACCCAAACGUACUGUAGGUAGGUAGCAUGUUAAUUAAAUGCGUUUCAAUUUUGUUCAUUAUUUUAUAAUUGUCAGAGAUUA